GCUCCGCGCCUCCUUGCAUCGGUGCGCCGCCGCCGACAGUGCCCGUGGCCAGCUGUCCGCGUUGAAUGUAAUACCGGCAUUAUUUAGUGAGUCACCACUGUAAGCGGGCCACGCUUGAUUUGUACAACUUUUUAAACAUGGUAUUCGAUGUCAGAAGGUUUGAUAUCUACCGCAAGAUUCCAAAAGACCUCACCCAGCCCACAGUAACUGGCGCUGUGAUAUCCAUCUUGAGUUGCUUCUUCAUCUCCAUCCUCUUCCUGUCCGAGUUCAUCUCGUACAUGUCACCGGAACUGGUCAGUGAGCUCUAUGUUGACAACCCAAGCAGCGCGGAUAAGAUCCCAGUUUCGAUCAACAUCACACUCCUCAAGCUUGACUGCAAUGUGGUGGGCCUCGACAUUCAGGAUGACAUGGGCCGUCACGAAGUUGGUUUUGUGGAAAACACGGAGAAGACACCUGUAGGUUCUGGCUGUCGCUUUGAGGGGAAGUUCUUCAUACACAAGGUGCCAGGGAACUUCCACGUGUCUACUCAUGCGGCUGCAAAGCAGCCAGACAAGAUUGAUAUGACUCACAUCAUCCAUGACCUCACAUUUGGGGUCAAAAUGACUGAUGAGGUGCGCGGCAGCUUCAACUCCUUGGACGAAAUGGACAAGUCAGGAGCCAAUGGAAUCGAAUCACACGACUACGUCAUGAAGAUUGUUCCUACGGUGUACGAAAAGUCUAAAAGCGAGCGGAUAGAGUCCUACCAGUACACAUAUGCCUACAAGAGCUACGUGUCCAUCUCGCACUCGGGACGCAUCAUGCCUGCCAUCUGGUUCCGCUACGAUCUCACUCCCAUCACGGUCAAGUACACCCGUCGUGGCAUGCCCCUGUACAGCUUUCUUACUUCGGUCUGUGCCAUUGUUGGCGGAACGUUCACCGUGGCAGGCAUUGUGGAUUCCCUGGUCUUCACAGCAUCUGAAGUAUUCAGGAAGUUUGAAAUGGGCAAGCUCAGCUAGAGGCAUGCUUGGGACAAAGCCACAGCGGUGCCUCUGAUGCUGCUGCUGUCUUCCUUUGCUGCUAGCUCUCAGCUACUCACUUGUGCCUGCACUCCAUGUGGGGAAAGAACCUACAAGAUGGCUGCCUGCAGGGAACGUUAGGCAAUCUGGAUUGUUCUCUGCAUUCUGCUAAAAGCACUGCAAGAAAUUGAUUGAACUUUUCGUGCUGUAGGUGUUCAGGCAUGAUUGGUUGCUGAGAAGGAGCAGUGGCCCGUGAGAUUUCCUUUCUAUUGCAGAGUGCAAGAACUCCUCAUGGUGCAAGGCUGGUGUGAUGAACAGCUGGUCUAGUGCCUGGAACAUGUCUGCUGUCGUGGUGAUGAGGGCACCACAGAGGCCUUUGGGUUGACUCGGUGGAGGGCUAUGCAAGUGCAAGAACAUUGAAGAGCUCCCCAGUGAGACUUUGAUGGAGUGUGAAUCUGGUCCUUUCUGGGCGACUAGAGAGGUCAUGUUGUUUUUGUUAUUUUACCUCCAGCACAAGAAUACCAUCUACUGCUCAUUCUAUGCAUUAUUUUUGUCGUGGAACCCAGAGCAGGGAACAAGUCAUUUUGUGUGAAUGUUCUUGGAACUGAUGGUGGUUCUUUCAUUGUUGAAGACGUUUCUGUAAGUUUGUGCAUAUGUGCUUGGCAGGUUUUUGUACUAAAGUUGCUCAUGAUGCAAUUGCUCUUGGUAUUUCUGUUGUCAGUGUUCAGCUAUUAAGGGCACGGUCUUUUUUAAAUGUAUAUCAGUAUUUAGGCUGACAUUUUUUUAGUUGUCUUGUUUGUUUAGUUUUUUUCUAAAGUAUAGUCAAUAAUAGAUGCAUUAUUUGCAUUAACUGGAAGCUAAAUAAUAAACUCGGAUUAAGGUUUGGUUUUUCCAACCUUUCAUCAAGGUAAAUGGUCUAACCUUGACCUAGACAGGUCAAGAUGUUCAGCAUGUCAUGUACUAUAAGCAUCCUUUGCUUUAUGUGUGCAAGGCAUUUAUAAGUUAAGUUUUCUCUGUGUGAUGCAAAUAAAUUCACUUCAAAAAGUGUG